AUGGCCGUCUCCAGUGCUGCAGAGGAAAUGGAGCGGCUCCAGCUGUCCGAUGAGGACACAGAGGAGCUCUGGAACUCUCCGUCUCAGCGGCGCACAAAGACACCGGACCAGAAGACCGGCAAAGAAACCAAUCAACAGAAUCGUGACAGCGAAACACUAUUCGACCGUGAGGAGGCGCGAGAAGCGGCCUUACGCAAUGAGCUACAGACUGUGAGGAAUGCAAACAAGGCAAUUGAGGGUGUUCUUGAGAGUCUCGCUCGAGCAAAAGAAAACAUGGAGACAGUAUCCCGCACCGUCAAUUCCGCUUCGACAUUGCUGGAUACCUGGACCCGCAUACUGUCUCAGACGGAACACAAUCAGAGACUGAUUCUGAAUCCAAGAUGGCAAGGAGCCUCGCAAGACAUCGCAGAGAUCGAAAGCGAAGCGGCUGCCAGACAGCAGGAAAAGGAACGGCGAGAACUCGAGUUACAGCAACGCAGGGAAGCGGCAGCUAGGAAGGCGGAAGAAGAGGAGAAGAAGAGAGCAGAAGCGGCGGCAGCAGCCAGUAGAGGAGCUCGCGGCGCAUCCAGAGGCAGAGUUCGGGGUGGCCUUGGCCGGACCCCAAGCGUCUCGUCCUCGAGUAAGAUAGCAACUAGUGUGGGCAGAGGCACUGCUGCAUCAUCCACGGCGGCUACGCGAAGACCAGCGAGUGGGAUUGCAAGGGCUCCUGGAUCGGUUCGCGGCCGUGGAAGGGCAUGA